AUGCCUGUGUGCGCAGGCAUCCUUCUGGGUCUUGUGGUGGUGAUGAUUCUGCAGGCGGCCUGCACCCUGGAUCAGAUGAUGCUCUGGGGGUGGCGCGUGGCGUUCUUGAUGGGCGCCCUGACCGGCGUCGUGGGAGUCAUCCUGCGCCGCACCAUGCCCGACCCCGCCAUGUUCCUUAAGCGCAAGCAGGAGGUUGAGGCCGCCCUCGAGCGCGAUGCCAUGGAGGCCGCCGGCGGCGUCCCCGCCGACGACUCGGCGCACGUGCGCGCGCCCGCCCUGGCCGCCGCCAAGAGCGUCGACGACGCGCCCGCCCCUCACGACGCGCUGCCCCGCAAGAAGAAGGUCCAGUACCACCCCGUCCGCAACAUGCUCAAGAACCACUGGCACUCGGUGCUGCUGCAGUUCAUCUGGGAGUUCUGGUUCGCAGGCGGGUUCUACGCUUUCUCCAGCUACUGGCCCUCUUUCCUCAGCAAGAACGUCCCGGGGAUGAGCUCCACGCUGUCCCUCGGCCUCACCUGCGCCAACCUCGUCCUCACCAUGGCCACUGCCUGGAGCGCAGAGCGACUGCGGCCGCCCGCUUGGGUGUGCGGGUACCUCUGCGACCGCGGCAUGUCGCGCAUGCGUGCCGCCGCGGCGGGCUUCUUCCUCGCCGGCGCGCUCAUCGCGCCCGCUGCCGUCAUGACGCGCGCCGGCAGCGUGGCGCUCGCGUGGCUGGCGCACGCGGUGUUUCUCGUGCUGGUCGGGUGGAUCGGCGGCCUGCUGGCGGUGUCCAUGUGCCCCCUCUACCCGACAGAGGUUCGCACAUCUGGCAUGAACCUGGCGCACCAGCUGGCAGUCGGGCCGAUCGGCGGCAUCACCCCCGUCAUCCUCAGCGCGUCAAGCAUCCAGCUGGGGUGA